AUGAGCCCUUGCUUCACACUUGGUUGUAUCCAUAUUGUGCAGGUGCCCGUGUCUGUGUGCAUGACCACUCAAUCUCAGUGCAAACUAAGGGGAAACCCUUUUUACCCUCUUUUGCAGAAAGAUGGAGACAUCAUCAUUGGAGGAAUAUUUUCCUUCCACAGUAGCUGGAAGAAUGAAGACAAUUCCUAUUCAGAGCACCCAUCUCCUUUGCAGUGCACCAGCUUGAAUUUCAGAGCCCUCCAGUAUGCCCAGACGGUGUUGUAUGCUGUGCAGGAGAUCAAUAAUAGCACGUCUUUGCUGCCGGGAGUGUCUCUGGGCUACAAGAUAUACGACUCGUGUGGCUCGGUAGCCAUGGGGGUGAGGGGGGCCAUGGCUCUGAGCAACGGCUACAGUGACACCGCUGCUGCUACUGCUGCCGCCGCCUCCUCCGAGGGUCCCUGUCCAGAGGCGGCCCAGGUGGUGGCCUUCAUCGGGGAGACGUCGUCCUCGCCCUGCAUGGCCAUCGCAACCAGCAUCGGGCCAUUCCGCAUCCCCAUGAUAAGUCACUAUGCCACAUGUGCCUGCCUCAGUGACAAAAGCAAGUACCCGUCGUUUCUCCGAACCAUCCCCAGCGACUACUACCAGAGCCGGGCCCUGGCCGAGCUGGUCAGGAACUUCGGCUGGACCUGGGUCGGCGCCAUCAGAACCGACGACGACUAUGGAAACAACGGGAUGGCCACUUUUCAAGCAGUCGCGGAGCAAAUGGGCAUUUGUCUGGAGUACUCGGUGGCCUUUUUCAGAAACGACCCCCACGAAAAGAUGCUGCAGUUGGUAGAGCAAGUUCGUUUGUCUACUUCACGGGUAGUGGUGGCAUUUGUCUCACAUCUAGAUCUGGAGGUGCUUCUGGAGGUGUUUGCUGAACAAAACCUUGUAGGCUAUCAGUGGGUCGGAACCGAAGGGUGGAUCUCGGACUCGUACGUAGCCAGUCUGGACCGACAUCACAUUCUAAGCGGAGCCAUAGGGCUGUCCAUCCCCCAAGCACAUGUUACAGGGCUGAAAGACUUCAUCCUAGACAUCCAGCCAUUGAACUCUUCCAGCAAUGCCAUUUUCACGGAGCUGUGGGAGGCUCUGUUCAAGUGUAAAUUCGCUCCUUUGAAUAACUCUAAGGUUAAAACGUGUACCGGCCAAGAAGACUUGUCAGGAGUGGAAAACACCUUCACAGACAUGUCUCUGAUGGCGAUCUUUAACAAUGUGUACAAGGGUGUGUACGCUGUGGCUCACGCAUUGCAUCGGGCCCUUCGCUGCAAAGACACCUGUGCUACCAAGAGGCAGCCUGAACCUCAUACGAUGUUAGAGCACCUGAAAAAGAUCAAAUUUAAGACGAAAGAGGGAGAUGAAGUGUUCUUUGAUGCUAAUGGAGACCCCACUGCCAAAUAUGAGAUCAUAAACUGGCAGCCCAAGAAAGAUGGGCAGCUGGGGUUUGUGACAGUAGGACUUUAUGAUGCCUCAUUACCUGCUCAACAUCGACUCAAAGUAAAUGGCUCCAUAGUAUGGGCUAAAAAUGCCACAGAGGUGCCCGUGUCUGUGUGCAGUGAGAGCUGUCCCCCAGGGACCCGGAAGGCCCAACAGAAAGGAAAGCCCAUAUGCUGCUAUGACUGUAUACCGUGUGGAGAGGGAGAGAUAAGCAAUGACACAGACUCCAUCACCUGCAGUCUUUGCAAUCAGGAAUUGUGGUCCAACAAGCAAAGGGACAAAUGCCUCAGAAAGGAAACUGAAUUUCUUUCCCACAAAGAGAUCAUGGGCAUUCUUCUGACUGCCUUCUCAGUCAUUGGGGCCUGGUUGACAUUUUUAAUCGGCCUAAUAUUUUUUAAGUACAAGCACACACCCCUUGUCAAAGCAAACAAUUCGGAACUGAGCUUCUUGCUAUUGUUUUCACUGAUGUUGUGCUUCCUCUGUUCUCUUACUUUCAUUGGUCGGCCCUCUGAGUGGUCCUGCAUGUUGCGUCACACAGCGUUUGGGAUCACCUUUGUUCUCUGCAUCUCCUGUGUUCUGGGGAAAACGAUAGUGGUGUUAAUGGCCUUCAGAGCCACUCUUCCAGGCAGUAAUGUCAUGAAGUGGUUUGGGCCUCUGCAGCAGAGACUCAGCGUUCUUGGCUUCACCUUCAUACAAGUUCUCAUAUGUGUGCUCUGGUUGACCAUAUCACCUCCUUUCCCUUACAAGAAUAUGACUCAUUACAAGGAAAAGAUCAUUCUAGAAUGUGAUGUUGGAUCAUCAAUAGGAUUCUGGGCUGUAUUGGGUUAUAUUGGACUCCUUGCUCUCUUGUGUUUCAUCCUGGCUUUCCUGGCUCGCAGAUUGCCCGAUAACUUCAACGAGGCCAAAUUCAUCACAUUCAGUAUGCUGAUAUUCUGCGCAGUCUGGAUUGCAUUUAUCCCUGCUUAUGUCAGCUCUCCUGGAAAAUUCACUGUAGCAGUAGAGAUAUUUGCAAUUCUUGCAUCUAGUUUUGGGGUAUUGUUUUGCAUUUUCCUACCAAAAUGUUAUAUCAUUUUGUAUAAACCAGAUAAAAACACCAAAAAGCAUCUUAUGGGGAAAAUGCCUUCAAAAGCUCUUUGA